AUAAAAACAAAAUCAAUCAAUUGGGCAUAUCGCAAACACUUCCAGACUGGCAAAGGCAUCGCAAGUUUCCCAACUUGAACGAACUGUUUAGUUACGAAUCUGAUUUAUGAAAAAGCACAAUACGAUGAAAGUGGUUCUAGCAUUCGUAGCCGUACUUGGGUUGGCAUCCGCUCAGAGAGAGAACUCUCUGCAAGUCGUAGAAACGAUGGCACUUCUACCAGAGGCCUAUCGUGAACUGCAAAGAUAUGUCGUUUCUGCCGUAGCUGAUGCCAAACACAACAGUUCAGAUGCGAUCUACGAAUUCCACAGAGAGGUAUAUCUAGCGAAAGAUACUUUCCUGCGAUCAGCCAUUACUCUGGAGACGAACACGCUAUACCACUUGAACAAUCAACCACUUGAGGUGGAUUCAGGUUGUUUGAACCUUCUACGGGGUAGUGCCGAUUUGAAUCUUCAAGUUUCCGGUGUCGGAUUCACGAACUGCAUCCUUGAUGUCGAUGCACGAUUAAAUGCGGAGAUUCAGAAUGUGUACGAUCAACUUCAAGCGAACGAAUCUUCGUACGUUCAGUUCAGCCUGUACGACGCUUUCGCUGGACGAAACAUUUUCCAAAAUCCUCAGGAUAUCAACGACCAGUUAUACAUCAAACUGGCUCAGUUACAACAACUGCCAACUGAACUCGUGGCUCAGCUGAGUGCUCUCGUUACAGACUUCCGAGCGCGAUUGGAAGUGGCUCGUUCUACCUAUCGGCAGUGCUUGACGGUUAACAACCAGGUGUUCCAGACGGCAGUGGACCUGAUCCUGAUUCAACUGCAACAAGUCUGCAAAGGAUCGUUGGUUGCGUCACCGACUCUGCCAACCACACCGGCGCUUACAACAGCCUUCACAGUGCAACCAACGGAUGCCGUUCCAACUAUGCCUCCAAUGGUGCAGCCAGACGAAUAUGUUAUAGGAUAAAAACUUAAGCCAUAAUAGUCGACAUGCAAUCUUCAAAUGCAAUAUAUAGUAUUUAAAAAUA